CCGAGAGAGCUGCAGUGAUGGGGCGGUGAGGAUGCCAGUCAGUUGCUUUAAACUUUUAAUAGAACAUUCCUAAACUUUUUUUUUUUCAUAUAAUAUAACAUUUUGUUUAACCUGUCUGGUGCCAUGUUGCGAGUCGCUGUACAAUCGGCAAAAAAUCUGCCUAAAUAUAGAGUUGGAAGUCCGGACCCAAUAGCCUCUGUCAUCUUUAAAGAUGAGAAGAAGAAAACAAAAUCAAUUGACAGUGAGGUGAAUCCUGUAUGGAAUGAGUUGCUUGAUUUUGACCUGAAGGGCACAGCGCUGGACUCCAACUCCUUCAUAGACGUGGUUGUGAAAGAUUAUGAGACGAUUGGGAAAGAUAAAUUCCUCGGGUCAACUAAGAUUUCAUUGAGAGACCUCGCCACUGGUCAAGUGAGGUCCUUACCAUCCAAAAAUGUCCCUUUGGUCAACGAGAAAGGACAGAACAUCGGGGCUACUAUCGACCUCAUGGUGAGCUAUGAUCCUCCAGCCAAUGCUGCUCUAAACCCCAACGACCCUCAAUCAGGAGACGCUACAGUGGAUGCUGGUGGUGGAGGCGAUGAGGGGGAUGAGAGUCAACCAGAUGGGGCCCAGAGCAGUGCUACAGGGGCCCCACUCUCCCCGGGACAGUCUGGCAACCUCCAGAAGCGGUUGGCAAGGGCCCACAGCCGCCACCGACUAGUGAAUAAGCCUCAGGACUUCCAGAUUCGUGUCCGGAUCAUUGAGGCCCGUCAGUUGCCUGGCAACAACAUUAAACCAGUGGUGAAGGUCAGUGUGUGUGAAGACACCCACAGGACGAGGAUAAAGAGAGGAAACAACCCUUUCUUUGAUGAGAUGUUCUACUUCAACGUCCACAUGCUGCCAUCAGAUCUGUUUGAUAAGAACAUCAGUUUCCGGAUUUAUAACUCUUAUUCACUGAGGGCUGACAGUCUCGUGGGAGAAUUCAAGCUGGACGUUGGUUAUGUCUAUGACGAGCCAGCCCAUUGUGUUGUGAGGAAGUGGCUCCUAUUAAAUGACCCAGAUGAGUCCAACUCUGGGGCUAAAGGAUACCUCAAAGUCAGCCUCUUCGUGGUGGGGACUGGAGACGAGCCUCCGGUGGAGAGAAGGGAGGCAAAUGAUGAUCAGGAUGACAUAGAGAGUAAUCUGCUGCUGCCGGCUGGUGUGACUCUGCGGUGGGCCACACUGUCACUGAAGGUGUUCAGAGCCGAGGAUGUUCCCCAGAUGGAUGAUGCAUUCAUCCAGACCAUGAAAGAAAUCUUUGGAGGAGAUGAAAACAAGAAGAACCUGGUCGACCCCUUUUUAGAAGCACGCUUUGCUGGUAGAAAGCUUUGCACUCAGGUUAUUGAAAAAAAUGCAAAUCCAGAAUGGAACCAAGUGCUGAACCUUCAAGUAAAGUUCCCCUCCAUGUGUGAGAAAGUCAAACUGACAGUCUUUGAUUGGGAUCGUUUGACAGGAAAUGAUGCCAUUGGCACAACAUACCUGAACCUGGCAAAGAUAGCCUCCUCUGGUGGAGAAAUUGAAGAGGAACAUGCAGGGAUUGGGGAAAUACCAUCAUUUGAAGCGAACACGGGUCAGUCUGAGGUGGGGUUCCUGCCUGUCUUUGGACCCUGCUAUGUCAACCUGUACGGCAGCCCUCGAGAGUUCAGCGGCCUGCCAGACCCCUACGAAGACCUCAACUAUGGCAAGGGGGAGGGAGUGGCGUACAGGGGCAGGAUCCUGGUGGAGCUGUCCACUAAACUAGAGGGCAAAGAAGACAAAUCAGUAGACAGUAUCCACAGUGAUGACAUCCUGGUGGUGCAGAAGUACCAGAGGAGGAGGAAGUACUGCCUGUGUGCCGUCUUCCACAGCGCCUCCAUGAUCCAGGAACCCGGAGAGCCGAUCCAGUUUGAGGUCAGCAUCGGUAACUAUGGGAACAAAUUGGACACCACCUGCAAACCCCUGGCCUCAACCACUCAGUAUAGCUGCGCUGUGUUUGAUGGUAAUCACUACUAUUACCUGCCCUGGGCAAACACAAAGCCCGUGGUUGUGGUUACCUCGUUCUGGGAGGAUAUCAGCCACCGCCUGGAGUCUGUCAACAUCAUCUUGUACAUCUAUCACCGCCUGAAAUCUAACCUUAAGGCCUUUAAAACUGGAGUCCUGGCAAAAAUGUCCGACAAUGAGCUGGUGGAGAUUUGGCUGAAGGUGCUCACUCAGCUGAUUGAAGACUUGGAAAGUUUCCCCAUGCCUGAGCUGGAGGGCCGCUCCAACCUCACAUCCCUGGACGUCCAAAUGAAGAAGCUGCGAGACAGCGGAUUGACAAACAUCAGGGAUGGAGCUCGACGCAUGAGGGAGGAGGCCAGAGAGAUCAGAGACACUCUGGCUGAUCUGGAGUCCUGGACUGAAAAACUCAAAGUGCUGGCUGAAGAGCCCCAAAACAGCAUGCCUGAUGUGAUCAUCUGGAUGUUACGGGGAGAGAAGAGGGUCGCCUACAGUCGUAUCCCCGCUCACCAAGUCCUCUUCUCCACAUACAGCGAGCAGGCCUGUGGUCAGCACUGUGGCCAGAUGCAGACCGUCUUUUUACAGUACCCCAUGGACAAGUCAAAGGGCCUGAAGGUGCCGGUUCAGAUCAGAGUCAACAUGUGGCUCGGUCUGUCUGCUCAUGAGAAGAAGUUCAACUCGUACUCUGAGGGAACCUUUAGUGUGUUCGCUGAAAUGUAUGAGAACCAGGCCCAGGUUUUUGGGAAGUGGGGGACCACAGGACUCGUGGGUCGCCACAAAUUCUCCGACGUCACAGGGAAACUGAAGCUGAAGCGAGAGUACUUCAUGCCCCCCAGAGGAUGGGAGUGGGAAGAAGAGUGGUUCAUUGACCCAGAGAAAGCGUUAUUAACAGAAGCUGAUGCUGGACACACUGAGUUCAUGGACGAGGCGUUCCAAAAUGAGACUCGCUUCCCCGGCGGAGAGUGGAAGGCCGCUUCUGAGCCCUUCACAGACGUGAAUGGAGAGAAGAGCCGUAACCCUGGAGAGUUUGACUGUCCUCCGGGUUGGGUCUGGGAGGACGAGUGGACUGUGGAUGACAACAGAGCUGUGGAUGAUCAAGGCUGGGAGUAUGGAGUCACCAUACCUCCAGAUGACAAGCCUCGUUCCUGGGUCUCAGCUGAGAAGGUGUACCACGUCCACCGCAGGAGACGGCUGGUUCGACCUCGCAGGAGAGUCGCCGUGCCUGCAGGAGGACCUCAGGCGAGGCAGAUCCUAGGUGACCCUGACGGCUGGGAGUUCUCUUCUCUGAUUGGCUGGAAGUUCCACAGGAAGGAGCGAACAUCUGAUACGUUUCGUCGUAGGCGCUGGAGGAGAAAGAUGGCACCAGAGGACAGGCUUGGAGCGUCAGCCAUCUUCCAACUGGAGGGGGCGUUGCAGGGUGUUGAUACUGAAGAGAAAGGCUCCAAAGCAGACGCCACCAAGCUGUUCGGUGCAAACACGCCCACUGUGUCCUGUUCCUUUGAAAACUCCCAUGUCUACCAUCUCCGUGUCUAUGUCUAUCAGGCAAGAAACCUGUCAUCUAUGGACAAAGAUAGCUUUUCAGAUCCGUAUGCUCACGUCUCCUUCCUCCAUGUCAGUAAGACGACGGAGAAGCUCCAGUCCACGCUGAAUCCAACCUGGGACCAGACUCUGAUCUUCAGUGAUGUGGAGAUCUACGGAGACCCCCGGAAUGUUGCUCUCUGCCCUCCUGAUGUCGUACUCGAGUUCUACGACCACGACCAAGUGGGGAAGGACGAGUUGCUGGGCCGCAGUGUUUGUGCACCAAUGGUGAAGCUGAAUCCAGGCAGUGACCAGACACCCAAACUGCUGUGGCACCCGAUCAUCCAGAAAGGUGUACAAGCGGGAGAGGCUUUAGUGGCUGCUGAACUCAUCCUCAAAGACAAGACCAAUGAGUCAGAUCUUCCCCUGGUUCCCUCAAAGAGAGCCGAGAACCUCUACAUGGUUCCUCAGGGCAUCCGGCCUGUUGUGCAGCUCACUGCUGUGGAGAUCCUAGCAUGGGGCCUGAGGAACAUGAAGCCGUACCAGCUAGCCACAGUGUCGUCACCCAGCCUGGUGGUGGAGUGCGGGGGCCAGAGGGUGGAGUCAGCCGUCAUCAAGAACAUGAAGAAGAGCCCCAACUUCCCCAACUCUGUACUCUUCAUCAAAGUGCUCCUUCCAAAAGAUGAGAUGUACACGCCUCCCAUCGUGCUGAAGGUGAUCGACCACCGUCCGUUUGGCAGGAAACCUGUGGUGGGUCAGUGCACCAUCGCCACUCUGGAGGACUUCAGGUGUGACCCGUAUGUCAUCACUGCAGAGGGAGCCAUGUCAUCUAAAAUGGCUCUGAUGAUGGCGUCGCCUUCAAAACAUCUCUCUAUUAACAUGGAAGAAUCAAGACCACUGCUAGACGCUCAGUUCAUGUACAGCAUGUCAGCUGCUGUCAACAAACUGGCUUCCCCUACCUCCCUCUUUAUUGCAGAGAAGGAAAAGGAGACAGUUGAUUGGUGGAGUAAAUUCUAUGCAUCAAUGGGAGACCAGGAGAAAAGCGGCCCUUACCUCAAAAAAGGAUACGACACCCUGAAAGUGUAUGAAUGUGAGCUGGAGGAUGUCCCAGAAUUCAAAGGGCUGACUGAUUUCUGCAGCACCUUCAAACUGCAGCGAGGCAAGAAUGAAAACGGGGACGAAGACCCCACUAUGGUUGGAGAGUUUAAGGGUUCAUUCAAGGUAUACCCUCUACCAGACGACCCAGGUGUGGCUCCUCCCCCCAGGCAGUUCAGAGAGCUGCCAGAUAGUGGACCUCAAGAGUGUCUGGUCAGGAUUUAUAUUAUCUGCGCCAUAGAUCUGCAGCCGAAAGACAACAAUGGCGGAUGCGAUCCAUACAUAAAGAUUUCCCUGGGAAGGAACAGUAUAGAUGACAGAGACAGUUACCUACCCAACACCACCUGUCCUGUGUUUGGAAGGAUGUUUGAGAUGACGUGUUUCCUGCCCCAGGACAAAGACCUGAAAAUCUCUGUCUAUGACUAUGAUCUCCUGAGUCGCGACGAGAAGGUCGGCGAGACCGUAAUUGACCUGGAGAACCGAUUCCUUUCCAGAUACAACUCCUACUGCGGCCUGCCACAAUCAUACUGCACCUCUGGUAUUAACCAGUGGCGGGACCAGUUGAAGCCGUCUGAGAUCCUGGAGAACUUGGCCCGUCUGAAGGGCCUGUCCAAACCAAGGACUGAAGACAAUGGCACAUCACUCACCUUCAGCGGCACGGAGUACAAGCUGGCUCAGUUUGAGACCAACAUGGAAAUUCAUCAGCACUUGGGCCCGGCCCGGGAACGACUCUGUCUGCAUGUGCUCAGAAAGCAAGGACUGGUCCCGGAACAUGUGGAGACCAGGACUCUCUACAGCACCUUCCAGCCCACUCUCUCUCAGGGAAGCCUUCAGAUGUGGGUGGACAUUUUCCCCAAAUCCAUCGGCCUCCCUGGAUCUCCCUUUGACAUCACACCACGUAAACCCAAGAAGUAUCUCCUGCGUGCUGUCAUCUGGAACACCACAGACGUGACUUUGGACGAGAAGAGCAUCACAGGAGAAAACAUGAGUGACAUCUAUGUCAAAGGCUGGAUGCCCGGCAUGGAGGAGGACAAGCAGAAGACAGACGUCCACUACAGGUCUCUGGACGGAGACGGAAACUUCAACUGGAGGUUCAUCUUUGACUUCGACUACCUGCCCGCUGAACAACUCUGCCUCGUUUCUAAGAAGGAGCGCUUUUGGAAUCUUGACAAAACAGAGUUCAGAACCCCCCCCAAGCUGAUUGUUCAGAUAUGGGACAACGAUAAAUUCUCCCUGGAUGAUUACCUUGGCACACUAGAGCUGGAUUUGCGUAACCUGGUCGCUCCUGCAAAGACCCCCGAGAAGUGUUCUCUGGACAUGAUGGAUGAUCUGGAGAUUGGAGUUCCACAAAAGAUGGAAAACGCCAAGUCUCUGUUUGCUCAGCAGUCGGUCAGAGGAUGGUGGCCCUGUUCUAUUGAGCAGGAUGGAAAGAAGGUCCUGGGGGGCAAAGUGGAGAUGACUCUGGAGAUUGUGAGUGAAGCAGAUGCAGAUGAGAGACCUGCAGGAAAAGGCCGUGAUGAUCCCAACAUGAAUCCUAAACUGGACUUUCCCAAACGCCCAGAAACGUCCUUCUUCUGGUUCACCAACCCAUGUAAGACCAUGAAGUUCAUCGUGUGGCGAAGGUUCAGAUGCGUCUUCAUCGGACUCAUCCUCCUCACCAUAGUGAUCCUCUUCCUCGCCAUCCUGUUGUACUCAUUACCGAACUACAUCUCAAUGAAGAUUGUGAAACCACUCAAGUAACCCUACAAAGGAGGAGCAGAGGGGCUGUAAAGGACUGAGCGGCUGUGGCUCAGUUGGUAGAGUCACCUCUCAUCCGGAAGGUCGAGGGUUCGAUCCCCAGCUGGGCAACAUGUCUGAUGUGUCCUUGGGCAAGACACUUAACUCUGAAUUGCUCCCACUGCUUCAGUGGUGGUGUAUGAAUGUGAUUAGUUACUUCUGAUGGAUGAUACUACAUAGUGAUCACUACCAUCAGUGUAUGAAUGGGUAGGUGUGACAUGCAGUGUAAAAGCGCUUUAUAAGCUCAAGUACAUUUACCAUUUAAAACUUUUGUUUGUACUGCCUUAAGUGUUUUUAAAAAAGUUAACCUAUUGGGGCGCUGGUGGUGCAGUGGUUAGUGUGCGCGCUCCAUGUACGGAGGCUACGGUCUUAGAAGCGGGCGACCCGGGUUCAAAUGCGACCUGUGGCUCCUUUCCCGCAUGUCAUUCCCCACUCUCUUUCUCUCCCUGAUUUCCAACUUUAUCCACUGUCCUAUCUCUCCAUUAAAGGCACAAAAAGCCCAAAAAUAAAUCUUAAUUUUUUUUAAAUAAAAAGUUAACCUAUAAGGGGCUGGGUGCUUGCACAUUUGCACUUCAUCACUUCUUCAGCAUGCAACAGUCCUUACAUUUUAAUGUUUGUGUCUUAUAUAUAUAUAUAUAUAUCAGGGUUAUCUUGUAUUUGACUGUACGUUAUUGUAAGCUUUUUCUGAUAUCAUGGCACACGCACUGUAAAUAAGGUGAUACACAACUACUUCUAAUCCAAAGAUGCACUUUGUAUUUCAUUGUAUUUUUUGGUCACAAAAUAAGUCAUGCCUUUUGGUGUGUUACAUUUUCACAGAUCUUUUUAAUUAAAUAUUAUAAAACCAUUCAAACAU